ACGCGGGACGGUUGAGCCGGCGGCGCGCGCUAUGGCGGCAGCAGGAUGGGGAACCUUGGGACACAGGGACAGCAAUGGGGUCUGCGGUGCGGGGGACACCGUUCCGCCACUGUUUGUGGUACCGGCAGCCUGGCAGCGGCCAUACCUGAACAUCUUCAAGCACUUCCGUGUGGAGGAGUGGAAGCGCUCCGCCAGGGAGGGGGACGUGGCCACCUUCACGGACGCAAGGCUGAAGGGAACUGUGUACCGGAUCCGAGGCUCCAUACCCGGCAGCAGCUACCUGCAGCUGCCCCGCACUGGGACACAGUCACUGGGGCUGACCGGGCGCUACCUCUACCUGCUCUUCAGGCCUGUGCCUUGCAAGCACUUUGUUGUCCACCUGGAUGUCACCACCAAGGAAAAGCAAGUGGUUCGCAUCUCCUUCUCCAGCCUCUUCAAGGAAUUCAAAUCCACGGCCACCUGGCUGCAGUUCCCCUUCGUCUGUGGAGCUGCUGAGGGCUCGGCCAGGGCACCCAGGCAUGAGCUGGUGGGAGAUGCCCCCACUGACGUGCGCUGGACCUGUCUCAUGCUCGACCUUCACUCCAUCCUCUCCCUCUACCUCAACCGUCACUACAGCCACCUCAAGAGCAUCAAGCUCUGCUGCAGCCUGCUGGUGAAAACCCUCUGCACCAGCGACUUGGUGUUUGACCCAGGCGUGACAUUCUCCGAGGCCCGUCAAGCCGAGCUGGCAUGCCACGGGGUAGUGCCCAUGCCACGGGAAAUGGCAUUCCCUGUGCCAAAGGGCGAGAAGUGGCACGACCUCUACGACUACAUCAGAUUCCCAUCCGAGGGGUCCAAGAUGCCAAAGGACUCCAUCCAGAAGAGCUGUCCCGGCCCUGUGGCAGGUGGCCAAGCCCCAGAGGAUCCCAUCCAGCAGCAGCCAGUGGCUCUCACCAGUGCAGUCCGUGACCGACUGUCCCUCAUCCAGCAGAUAACCAGUCCCAAAGCUAUGCCACACCACUGUCCUGUCGUUCCAAAGAGCAUUCCUGAGGUUCAACUGACAGCCUCCAGGCCUCCGAGAGCUAUGCCAGCUGGAGACCAGGAGCUGGAGAAGAAUCAGAAGUCACGCAAUGUGGAGGACACUGGCCAGUCUCCAACAGUGGGCGACGGAGGCAUCCACGUGUACGCUCACCAGAGGAGCAAACAAGCCACCCGAGCUGUUCAUGCUGGCUCAGAGGAGAGCACAUGCAGGAAGGGCCCUGGACCAGGUGUGCUGCCCAGUAGGAGAGCUGCUGCCUGCAGGAGGCUCUUACCAGAUCCCAUCCUGAAGCUGAGAAUGAUUAUUGGCUUUGGAGGCUGCAGCACCAAGUGGGCACUGUGGGCUCAAAACAACACUGCAGUGGUCUACCCCUGCCAUGCGGUCAUCGUGACCCUGCAGAUCCACUCCAGGAAGCAGAGGUUCUUCAUUGGGCACACGGAUAAGGUGUCAGCACUGGCCUUCAAUGGGAGCAGCACCUUGCUGGCUUCCGCUCAGGCUGGUCCCCGGAGCGUCGUGCGCCUCUGGGACUUCCCAAGGGGAAGCUGCCUCUCCGUGUUCAAAACCCACGCCCACUCCCUCUUGUCCUUGAGCUUUUCCUACAGUGGAGCUGUUCUGUGCGGCGUCGGAAAGGAUGGGCAUGGCAAAACGAUGGUGGUGGUGUGGAACACUGCUCAGGUGACCCAAGGUGGAGAGGUGGCUGUGCUGGCCAAAGCACACACAGAUGUGGACAUCCAGGCCUUGAAGAUUACUUCUUUUGAUGAUUCCAGGAUGGUGUCGUGUGGCUGGGACAACAUCAGGCUGUGGCGAGUGCGGAGUGGAGUGCUGCGCUCCUGUCCUGUUGACCUGGGCGAGUACCGUUCCCUAGAGUUCACUGGCCUGGCCUUCCAAGAGGGAUGCGCAGCUGAGCGGGAGCGCGAGGACCACACGUUCUUUGUCUGCAGCAAGAGUGGCCACAUCUUGGAGGUGGACUACCAGAACGUGAGUGUGAGGAGCGCACUGCAGCUGCUGCCUGCGCCACUCCGGGACUGCCAGCGGCUAGACAAGUCAGGUGCUGGGAUUGCUAUAAACAGCAUUAGCAUCUCCUCACACUUCUGUGCCACGGGUUCAGAAGAUGGCUACCUGCGGCUGUGGCCACUGGACUUCUCGGCUGUUGUCGCAGAGGCAGAGCAAGAGGCUCCGGUGAGCAGUGUGUGCAUCAGCCCGGAUGGCCGCAGAAUCUUGUGCACGACAGCUGCUGGGUACCUAGGCUACCUGGAUCUCCAGUCCUGGGACUCCAACACCCUCAUGCGCUCUCAUGAGGACUCCAUUCUGGCAUUCUCCAUGGAGGGGGUUUGGAAGUGGAUGGCAACGGUGUCUCGGGACAGCACCAUCCGGGUUUGGGACCUCGUCUCCAUGCAGCAGCUGUACGACUUCACAGCUGCAGAAGGAACACCAUGUGCUGUGGCCUUUCACCCUACCCAGCAGAUGCUGGCCUGUGGCUUUGACAACGGAAUGGUGUGGACCUUCAGCCUGGCCACCUCCAGUCUGCUGGUGGAGCACAAACAGCACCGCACUGUUAUCACUGGGCUGACCUUCUCUCCAGAUGGCAAUUUCAUGUUCAGCUCCUGUUUGCAGGGAAGUCUGGCUCUUUACAGCUGCAUGGCACAGAAAAGCCACGUCUUGCGAGUCCUGGGCAAUGUGGUGGCCCUGGACACUGGGAGCAGUGCGGAUGUGCUGGUGGUCAGUGGGGACAGCCAUCUUCUCGCCUUCGUGGGACCCUCCAAGUACGUUGUGACUGUGAUGGAGGCCUGCUCGCUGGAUGAGCUGCUGAGGGUGGACAUCAGCACCCUCGAUUUGAACAGCACAGCCUUGGACUCUGCAGUGGGAGUCUGCUUUGCUCCUGUGCCUCGAGGCGAGCUCCUGGUGGCCACUUCUUCCAAUAAAAUCCUUGUGCUUGAUGCAAAAACGGGACGACUGGUGCGAGAGGUGUCUCCCGUGCACAAAGUGUCCUGUUCUUCCUUGGCGCUGAGCAAGGAUGGCAGGUACCUGCUCACUGCUGGUGACAAAGUCAUCAAGGUGUGGGACUAUCAGAUGCACUCCAAUAUCAACUUCCAGGUGUACAUUGGGCACUCAGAGCCAGUGCGCCAGGUUGCCUUCACCCCAGACCAGCGGCAUGUCAUCAGUGUUGGAGAUGCCAUCUUCCUAUGGGAUUUCCUAGCUCUGCCUGAGGAGAGAUCACCACCGACUGGGCUUCAUUCCUCUGAGUCUGUUCCGCUGCUGGGACCAGAGCAGAGGAAAAAUGGCUUCUCUCAUAUAGGAGGAAGCUGGAGAAAUGAGCUUGGAGAAGGCAGCUCUGAGAUGCUGAAGGAUGCCUCUGAGACGCCUCGGCAGGCAGUGCCUCUUCCAUUGCUGUCCUCACCACCGUGUCUGGAUGUCAGCUCUGUCCACCAAACAGGAUGUCAAAGUAUCUUUUCCGAGUCAGACAAAGAGGAGGAAGCAGAUUUGCCAGGCAGCAGCCAGAUGGUGGCGAAUGGAGACAAAGAUGCGUCAGUCCUUGUGGUGGAACCAGUGAGGAAUGAGGAGCUCAUUGUGGUGAGGCCCAAAGAGAGGCAGGAGAGGUCGAAGUCUCCUGGAACAUUGGCAAGUGAACCCAGAAAGCAGACCACAAACCCCAAACCCCAGUGCUCCGUGCGCCCAGAUUCCUACCGGCAUUUCACUCCUUGCUUCAAGGCAUCAGUGCUUCCCAAGAGUUUCUUACCUCCUCCAACUGGCAGUGAGGUCUUGAAGCUGAAAGCAGUGAUCGGCUACAAUGGGAAUGGCAGAGGGAAUAUGGUGUGGAACCCAGACACAGGCUUCUUCGCUUACACCUGUGGCUGCAUCAUCGUGGUGGAAGACCUGCACUCGGGAUCACAGAAUCACUGGCUUGGCCACGCAGAGGAGAUCUCCACACUCACUGUCAGCCAUGAUGCCCAGGUUCUUGCCUCUGCCUCAGGAAAGAGGGAUGGAGACUCCUAUUGUCAGAUCUGCGUCUGGAACGUCCCAGAUGGGCUUUGCACAGCAAGUCUCUUCCACCAUGAGACCCAAGUGCAAGCCAUGGCAUUCUCUCAGGAUGAUCGAUUCCUUGUCACCCUCGGGGAUUACAGCGAUCAAACCAUUGCUCUGUGGAACACCUACACUUACGAGCUCAUGUGGUCAACUUGUAUCUCAGAGCCAGUCCAUGACGUGGCUUUUAGUCCUUUUUCUCACAGAGAACUGGCCUGCGUGGGGAAGGGAACUGUGAUGUUCUGGCUGUUGGAGCAGCAGGGAGCUGAUGUCCACCUCAAGGUUCAUCGUGCCCCUGCCCCAGAUGUGCUGGGGCCAGUGGAGCUGACCUCUCUCUGUUAUGGCGCUGACACUCUUCUUUAUAGUGGGACCAACUCAGGCCAGAUCUGUGUGUGGGACACUGAGACUAAUUGCUGCUUCAUGACAUGGGAGGCCGACGAGGGCGAGAUCGGUGUGCUGGUGUGUCGGCACAACAGGCUGCUGAGUGGCAGCAACGUGAAACGCAUCCGCCUGUGGGCAGUGGCUGCUGUGCAGGAGCUGAGGCUGAAAGGUCCCGAUGCCAGGUCUAACUUGGUCCUGUUAGAACAUGAGAUCACCCUCGACGGGACGAUAGUCAGCGCAGCCUUUGAUGACUCUCUGGAAAUGGGAAUUGUGGGCACCACGGCAGGAACCCUGUGGUACAUCAACUGGACGGAGAGCACAAGCAUCCAACUGAUCAGCGGCCACAAGAACAAGGUGACUGAAGUGUGCUUCAGUCCUGAUGAGACUCACUGUGCAACGUGCGGGGAGGACGGUAGUGUGAGGAUCUGGUCUCUGGGGAGCAUGGAGCUGGUGGUACAGUUCCAAGUGCUCAACCAGAGCUGCCAGUGCCUGGCCUGGAAGCUUCAUCCUGUCGUUGCAUGGGGAGCUGAGAGCCAGCACGUAGUGUCAGGGUACAGUGAUGGCACCAUCCGUGUGUUCAACAUUUCCAGGACAGAGCUGGAGCUGAAAAUGCAACCCCAUGCCGUAGCACUGACCGCGAUUGCCUACUCCACAGAUGGAGAAAUGAUCUUAUCAGGGGGCAAAGAUGGGCUCGUGGCUGUCAGCAGCCCUCGCACUGGAAUGACCAUCCACGUCCUUGCUGACCACAAAGGCUCCCCCAUCACUGCUCUGCAGUGCACCAUGAAGCAGUACCGGGACUUUGGGGUGGAAGGAGGCGAGCUCUGGCUGGCCACCAGCUCAGACCGGCGGGUCAGCAUCUGGGCCUCCGACUGGCUGAAGGACAAGUGUGAGCUGCUCGACUGGCUCAGCUUCCCUGCUCCUGCCAGCCCCGAGGGUCUGGACACCUUUCCGCCCAGCCUGGCCGCGUUCUGCCCAUGGGAACAUGGCACCCUGGUCUACGUCGGCUUUGGGAGGCAGAAGGAAGCCUUGUUUUACAGUCUGCACAAGAAACAGGUAGUCAUGAAGAUCCCCUUGCCAUACUUUGCCACGUCGCUCAGCCUGUCUCCUGCAGCACGAUUCAUGGCUGUUGGCUUCGGGGCCCGGCUGCUGCGGCUGCUGCGCUGCCCCGGCGAGGCUCAGGACUACGCCGGCCACGAUGACGCCGUCCACCGCUGCUGCUUCGCCCCUUCGGGCCGCCGCCUCCUCACGGCCUCGCACAGCGCCGUCCUGCUCUGGGAGCUCACUGGCGGCUGAGCCGCAGCCCCCGGGCUCGCGGCGCUCCUCCAGGAGCCGGCGCGGCCAUGUCGUUCCGCGGGCCGGGACCCGGGACCCGGGACCC